AUGGGACCAAAAACUAAAAUUGAUUGUUUAAUAUUUAGGUUAGUUUAAUGGUAGGGUUGAAGUGAGAAGGAAGAUCGGAGGUCCCAUUCACCGUGUGCGCCCACACUAGAAGUAGAAGUAGAAGAGCUGAGUAUCAUCAACUAUCUGUUGGUUUUUACAGAGUGAAGUAGCUAACCCUAGCCAACUCCUUCAACUAAAAACCAUCAACCCCUAGCUAAGAAGAAACCCAUAUGUUGAGCUAAGAUGGGGGAUUAUUGUGAAUAAUUCAGCUGAGGAUUUGGUUCUUCACGCCCAAAACCCAUUCCUUUAAAUCCACUUCUUGCUACCCAGCUUUGCUUUGCCGAUCCAAGUUGCUUGCAGUGAUUGUUAAACGGAAAUUAAAUAAUGGAUUCUCAACUGCCUCCUCCUUUUCACACCAGCCGGGAUUUCAACUUUCAUCCCCAGCAGUUUCAUGAGCAGAGCGGACAGAAGCAGCGAGAUCCGGAGGAAGUCAACCAGCAAGACGACGGGAACGACGGCGGAGAGUCAAAGAACGGGCUGGGCGGCGCCGGAGAAGGAGAAAUCUCUCGAAGGCCGCGGGGGAGGCCCGCCGGAUCCAAGAACAAGCCCAAACCACCCAUUAUCAUCACCCGCGACAGCGCCAAUGCCCUCCGGACCCACCUCAUGGAGAUCGCCGACGGCUGCGACGUCAUGGACAGCGUCGCCGCCUUCGCCCAGAGGCGCCAGCGCGGCGUCUGCGUCUUGAGCGGGAACGGAAUCGUCACCAACGUAACCCUAAGGCAGCCGGCGUCCCCCGGCGCUGUCGUGACCUUGCACGGCCGCUUCGAGAUCUUGUCGUUGGCCGGGUCGUUCCUGCCGCCGCCGGCGCCGCCUAGCGCCACCGGGUUGACCAUAUAUCUCGCAGGAGGACAAGGGCAGGUGGUGGGCGGCAGCGUGGUGGGGGCGCUCUUAGCCGCCGGGCCGGUCGUGAUAAUGGCGGCUUCGUUUAGUAACGCUGCGUACGAGAGGCUGCCGUUAGAAGAAGACGACGGCAAUGCGCCGCCGUUCCAAGGCGGAGGAAUGGAUUCUCCGGGAGCGGCGGGAGGGCAAUUAUUGGCGGAGCAGGGUAUGUUUCAGGGCGUGCCACCCAAUCUCAUCAACUCCAUUCAGCUGCCUAAUGAUGCCUAUUGGGGCGGUAGCCGCCCUCCAUUCUAACCAUCCACCAUCUAUCAUAUUCAUAUCACAAGGGUAAUUCAGUAAAAUCCCUCUCGCUAUCUAUAACCUUAAUCUCAUCCAACAUUGUUACUAUCUAGUAUCUAGCUAGCAAAGAUUAAGGUUUAAAACAAAUUAAAAAAACCCCAUUUUGUUGUUUUGUUGACCAUUUCAUGUUCACCUCUCUAGUCCCCAGUAUUCUUUCCUCUUUCAUUUAGUUUAAUUUCCAGUAUUUUAGUGCUUUCUUCCAAGAGUUCAAUGAUCCCAUCUGAUGAUCUGUUUGAAACUUGAUCAAAAUCAACUUUGAUUUGUAAAUUUAUGGCUUCUUGAAUUGGUGGUGAGAUCAGUUUCUA